AUGCUCCCCCCUCUGCCUCUCAACAAACUUAAAAAUUAUCACAAAAAGAAUAAUGAUGCUGGGUAACGCCCAUUGGAUAUUUAACAGGUUUAAGUGAAGAGAAGAGACAGUGACUAGAAACUUAUUGAUUAACUUUAAUCUCAACAAUUCGAAAACUACGAUCUUGAACAACAGGUGAUCAGCAACAUCACUACUGAUGAAAAAGAAUUUUUGGCAGAGGAUAAAAUUGGGAUUGGCUAUUCAACAAUUGGUACAUCACCAUCGAGAGAAGAUGAUACUGAUGAGAUUUUAGGACUGAAAUUUUAACAAAAUGAAUUUACUCCUUAUUAGUAAUUCAAGAUGAAUUACUAAAAGUAGGAAUAAACAGUUUCUAACCUUUCUGAUAGUAAGUAUCUUGAAGGUGAGGUAAACGGGCCAAAUAAUGCUCAAGGAGGGGAAAUUCCUCUAUUUCUAAGACAAAUGCAAGCUACACCUAUCUAGAAGAAGGAAUAAAUGAUUGACAUCAGACAAAAUUUAUAGAGCAUGAAGAGUCAAGCAAUUGAGGAAAUAGAAGAGGAGGAUAUUAAUUUAAGGAAAAUUAUUAAGCCAAAUAUUAAUAAUUACUAGAACUCUGAAGCAAAAAAGGAUAUUAGUUUAAAUAGUUAAAGCAUCAAAAGUGGAAAGAAAAAAAAGAAAAAGAAAAAGAAAACCAAUAAUAAAUAGAUUGGAGAUUAAUUCAAUGAACAAUAAGACUAAGUGGAUUAGAUUAUAAUAUAGGAUAUUUGA